UUUGAUUUUUAUUGGGUGUUCCUUAAAAUUGACUAAGCAAAAUGACAGUGUAAAACUUGUCAUAUUAUGAUGUUGGUAAAUUUGGUUCAGAAAGUAGUAGCCAUUGUGAAUUUUAGAUUGAAAAAUAAUCAAAAUAUUAUUAAUAUAUCAGGUUGAAAUGAAUGCCGAUCCUCGUAGACCUGAAAAAAUACAAAGAUUUGUUCCUAAAGUAAAUAAUGGAAGUGGCCAAGAAGACCUCACCCCUGACUAUAUGAAUAUUUUGGGUCAGCACCAGACCACGGGAAAUAUGAAUGAAAUGCCAGAAAAGCAUGGUGAGCCGAUUUUAGAGCCGAACCUUCAAGUAUCUGCAGCCCUUGAAGUUCAGCCGGUAGCUGGCGAAGUUGCUCCUACUAAUAAUACUACAAAUGUGAUACCCACCAGCCCUCAGUACGGUGUGGCCAUUAUUCCCAACGCUGUUACUAUGAAUGAUCUGGCAACAGAAACUGUCACCCCGCCAACUGAAACCCUAACAGAUUCGACUGCAAAACCAAUAGAUGAUAAAGAACUUCAUUCCACUCCUAGUAGAAAUGAUAGAUUCAAAGUGGUAAAAAUAGCUAGUUUAGAACCUUUUAAACGUGGCCGUUGGAAAUGUAUGGAUUAUGUUGAUGAAGCUCCACCGGUUGGAGCUACGCGGGUACCUCAAUCAUCUGGUAGUAUACAAGUGUCAGGAGGUACUUUUAUGCAAACUCAAAGUUUACCACAACAGCAAUUUCAGCAAAUGCUAUUGCAAAGUGGAUUUACAAAUAGUACACCAUUUUUUGCAAAUGUUCCACCUCAAAUAAUGCACCAAGGUCAAUAUUAUUAUCCCCAAGUUACGAAUGUACAGAAUCAAACUAUGCAGCAGGUGCCAAAUAGUAUACCUGCUCAAUUCAUAGCAAACCAGCCCUAUUUUCCCGCUGGUAUUGUUCCCAAUGCACAGGGAUUUACAAUGCCACAAGGUUAUUCUAAUGUUCAAUAUGUUCCUGCUAAUUUAAUCCAGAAUCAAGGUAGUGCUUUUGUACCAACAUCACAACCUGUCCAAUUGCCUCCAAAUUUUCAGCAAAGUCAAUCCUAUGCAGGUCAACCGAAUGUAUCACAAACAAAUGUUCAACCAGUUAUGAAUGGUCACACUUAUACUCCUCAAAAUGAACAAGUGAGUGGUAGUUUACCCACACAAACAGUAAAAAGUGUUAUAAUGAACUCAAAUAAUACACAGCCUGUUGUGAGUCAAACUCAAGUUUUACAACAAAAUGUGCAAAACAUCCCAGUGCAAAGCAAUCAAAAUAUUUUAGUUGCCCAAGUACAACAGUACCAACAACAAAAUGCAUUCCAGCAGAAUGCAGCUAAUCAACAGCAAUCAGCUGCUUCAGUUGUUCCUGUUCAGGUCCAGCCAGUGACAUCCACGUCUCAGGUUGCACCAGUGCAAUCUCAGACGUUCGAACAAAAUUUACCUAACAAUGUCUACACGAAUCCACAGUUUGCCGUAAGUGUAAGUAGUUUGACAGUUCUCGAUAAUAGUGAAAAUCAAACUGAACUAACUGAAACUAGUAGUGGUGGUAAUGUGACUGUAAAUGAAAACACUGACGAUCCUGCAAAAACUAACCCCGUAGUCAAUGCAAUUGACAAUAAAAUAGAACAAGCUAUGGAUCUUGUAAAAAGUCAUCUUAUGUAUACUGUAAGAGAAGAAGUGGAAGUUUUAAAAGAAAAAAUUGCCGAAUUAAUGGAAAGGAUCCAACAAUUGGAAACUGAAAAUAAUUUCCUUAGAUCACAGAUACCCAAAUCUCAAACUAUACCGCCAACUCCAGCAUCCAAUAUCCAACAAUCAAAUAUAGUUAUAAACCCUAAUCCGAAUUUUCCAAAUCCUACUGCUAUUCCUACAUCAGAUACUGCAACUGUAACUAACAAUAGCCACAACCAUUUAUCUAAUUCACAAUCUCAAUCAGUAUCUACCACUGAAACACCGAAUCCCCAGUAGUUUAUAUUGUUUUUUUUAUUAGAUACUGAUUUCUCUUAGCUUAUAUUUGAGAUAUAAUUUGGCAAAGGAGGUUCACAGAAGGCUGUUUGUAAAUUGAUAUGUUGAAAGUGACUGAUUUUCAACAUUAGAUUAAGAGUUUUAGAACAUGUUAAUAUAUACAUAAAAAAUAAUAUUUUUCAACAGUUAGCAGCCGUCUUUUAUUUGUUUAAAGAUGACAAAUAUGUAAUGCAUCAACAGAUACUGCAAAAAAGACAUAUGGGUUUAAAAUAAUCAGGAUUUUGAUGAAAUUGAUGAAAUAUAUGGAUUCCUUUUUUUUUAAAUAUGGUUAAUAGAUAAUUGCUUAAAGGAUAUUAAAAGUUAUUUACCAACUGAGCAGAAUAUCUGCAAUUCCAAUUUUUACUGGAGCAUCUUCUUAAAUUACCGCAGCGACAAAACUAAAAAUUGUUUAACUUAUUAAAUUGGGUAUCCAAGUUAAAAGUGUAACAAGUUCAUUAAUAUUUAAUGACUGACAAUUUGAUUAACAGACUAGGUAGUAAAUCUCUCCAGUGAAAAUUAUACUACGUGAUCCCAUUUGACGGUCUAAGUCAGCGUCGAGUGUUGACAUGAAAUUGUACCUCUACACUUCUACCAAUUUCAUUCAUUCAUUAGUAUUUUUCUGAUGGUAUACUUAGGCUUCCAUUUUUCAUCUCAAUAGAAACGGCCCAGUUCUUAUUAUAAUUAUUAUAUAAUAGAAUUAAAAAGCCAUUUUAACAAGUAACUUAGAAUAAUGUUUAAUUCUAUCUUUUAUGGUACAACUCUCUUAUGACCUUGACCUUAAAAUAUGUAACUUUUGGGGUAAUUUUGAGCAUGUCCAAGAAUAUUUAUAUAGGACAGUUCAAAACAGUUUAGUUGAUACAAAACUAACCUAACUUAAAGUUGUAUUUUUUAUUUUGUUAUCUCUUCCCUGCGGAGUCUCGUAGCAAACGCUUCUCCAUUUUUAUAUAUUUGUAUCAAUAUUUUACCCACUACCACAUAUCCCAAGUUCAUAGGAAAGUUGUACCUUAAAAGAUAGAUUUCCCAAAAAAUAUGUAUGAAUGGAAUCCAACUUUUAACUGCAAGCCUAAAUUCAACUGCAGGUGUUGUUUGAUUUUGUACAAAAGUCCUUCAUGCAAUUAUCUAUUGAAUGCUUGUUUUAUAUUCAAGGUAACUGCAGUGCAUAUUCUCUUCUCUUAUAGGCUCUACUUCAUUUUGUUCACAAUUCUGUGAACAUGAUGAGUUGUUGAGUGUUUUUUUCUGAAACCAAAUUGAUAGUCUAGUAUAAGUUCAUCAAUAGCAGUCAUUACAUCUAUUCUGUCUAAUACUGACUGUUCAAAGACUUUGGAUAUUAUAAGAUUUGAUUCCACAUUAAGUCGAAGAUAAUCUGCACACCUCAGGUGUACAAUGUAAAUGGAAAUUCUGAUCAAAUUUGUUUUUAAGCAGAUUUGUAGUAUUAGGAAAAAUGUUCUAAGCUCACUAGUUGAUUUUUUUAUAACAUUUUUAUAUAAUUAUUACACUGAUCAAUAUUAUUAUCAUCCCUAAAUCCUUUGGAUUAUGGCUAUCGCUUUUAGCACUUUAAUAUCCAUUGUUUGAAAUGGAUAACCCCAAUUUUUUUAUAGUUUAUCGUUUGUCUUGGAUGCUUUUGUUAUUUAUUUUCCAUUCCUUUUGGUUCCGGUAUUUUGCUCUCCAGUUCUCUAUAUUAAGUGCUCUUAUAUCCUCUAUUUCGUUUCUCAAAGUUUUUUCGCAACCUGCCUCUUCUCCUCGGCCACAAUGGGCUCGGUUGCGUUAUUCUUUUGAUCAUUUCAGUUGGUUUUCUUCUUAUUAUAUGCCCAGCCCAGUUGAGUCUUUGUGCUUUUAUGUACCUCACUAUAUUUUCCUUCUCCAGCUCUUUAUCAAUUUCUUCGUUUUUCUUCCUUCCUCCUGUGUUGUGUUUGGAUCUGUUAUAGCUCUUAUUAUCUUUCUCUCGGUUCUUUUAAGUUCUUCAUCCUUUUUGUCGAUUACAGUUGUUUCCAUUACAUACGUGAUUACUGGUCUUAUUAGGGGUUUGUACAUUUUUAUUUUUUUGGCAACGCCUCAUUACCAAUACAUACUUUUAUCUUUUUAUUUAAUUUAUGAUAUCCAUUUGUUACCUUUUUGAAAAUUGACUAAUUAUCUGUAUUGUUGGAAAUUUUUCAAAAGAUUAUAUAUUAUUGAAUACUGUUUUAUGAAAUGAGAUAGCAUUUUCCGUACCACUUUCAAUUGAAAUAUCUGUAAAAUAUAUAAUUUACAAUGUAUUCACUCUCUUAUAAUAUUCAAAUUAGUAACAUACUUCUUUUAACUCAUCUAUUUUGUUGUUAUUUAAUAAUAGUUAUAGUUUUUGUCACUGCCAUUUUGUUAUUUAUCAAAAAUUUAAAUUGACAUAAAUUCAUAUACCGAUACAGUAAAUGGAUAGUUUUUAUUAAACGCACUAUCCGAAUAACAGUAUUUAAUUCUUUUAAAUAUCACAAUAAACAUUACCAAGGCUCGUUGUUUUACUUAAAUAAAUAUAACAAAUGUUUAUAUUUUAUUUUAAAAAUGUAUACACAAUAAUCAGGUUACUUUUUGUCCUAUAGUGUUCAAAGGACUCGAUGAAGGUUUUUCCCCGUGACCAAGUAAGAUGCUAAUAUAAUAUUUUUUAUGGAGAAAAUUGUGCUCAAAAGGUGUGAAUAUUAAAAAUUUAUCAUUUAUCCCACAUAAUUAUUUUUUCCAAAUAUAUAUGUCCACCUAAGUUAGCUGUGCUAGUUGGCAUCUUUAUUUUCGUUUAGGUCCUAGAUAAUGAUCAAUGGAAUAAGUCGUUUGACUAACUAAUAAGACCGUCAAAAUUCGAUUUUAUCCCCUUCAAGAGCUAUACAAUCAUACCAACGCUUUUCUAACUUCUCAAUGUCGUUGUUGUAGAAGGCUUCAGUUUCAAUAAUUGCUUCUUCAUUUCAACUUAAUUUCUUACCGGCGUUAAUUUUUCUGAAAUCAGAGAAUAGCCAAUAGUCACUGUGGGCUAGAUCUGGACUAUACAGUGCAUGAGGAAGCAUUUCUAUUCAUUACCUAUUCCAUUUUAGGAGAUUCCUCAAGACACAAAAAUAAUUCGAGAACACCUUUACAUGUUUGAUUUCUCGUUUCCUCAUAGGAUUAAGAAAAAAAUGUAUUAUUUCCUUCGUCCUUUUUACACAUAGGACUUUUUGUAAACUUAAGUUUUGUGUGCAGAUAUUCAACGUACUUUGGUAUUAUUAUUACAGUUAAGUGUUUGUCUAUAGUAAGUCUAGUUACUUUUCUUUCAAAUAGUCAAAAUUUUUUUCAACUGAAAGCCUUGACAUUCUUGUCUUACACUAAAAUGCCUUGUAGGGUAAUAUUUACGUAAUUAUAUAUACGUACUAUUAUAAAUAACUGCUAUUAUUUUUAGAAAUUUUAAACUCACCUGUUUAAAAUAUCGUUUCUUAAUUAAUUGCUGCCAAAAAUAUCUCCAAAAAAAAUUGUGAAGAAUGAAAAUUUAAAAUACGUUUCUGAUUAAAAAAUAGAAACUCUGCUUGGUUAGAACUAGUCCCAGGCACUGGUGCUCGAUAGCAUAUUUUGUACAUAUUACUUAGUCUUUAUUUGGAUUCUUAUAAAUAAUAAUAUUUUUUGUAGAAAAAUAAAAUUGUGCAAGACACACGGUGAUACUAUAUAAGUAACGACCCAAACACUCAACCAGCAGUAAAAAUUUAGAUUUUUUAUCUUGAUCAAAAUUGGGAAGCAAGAAUCAAUUUUGUUUUGAAAAUCGUUUCGUUAAUUGUUUGAAUUCGAAUAAUUAAUUUGAACUACGUCAAUCAUUGAUUAUUAUCAUUACACACUGUGACAUGUUCUGCAAGCACUUUUGGAGGUAACUUCUUUGAGGUUAGUACCAAUUGUGGAAUGUAAGGGUCGAUACAAAAAUAUAAGUGAAAUCAGAAAUACCUGUAACUUUAUACACUUAUAAAUGUAGAAGUUAAUAGGAAAUUCAAGAAAAAUCUUGGAAAAUGAUGAGUUAUAGGAACGUUGUAAGGAACGGAACACAGUGAAAGUCUAAAGAUGACUUGGCUGAAACAUUUGUAGAUAAUUCGAAAAGAAUUACUGAGAUUGAUUGGUAAAAAGAGGAAGAUAUAAAAUAAGAUAGAGGAAAAGGAUCAUAGUAGAUUUAAAAAAAAUGGAAUCAAGGAAUGGGCAGUAAAUAAGGUGAAUACCACAACUGCAGAAUUGAAAAGUCGAUUCAAUAACACAAGUGAAAUCAGAAAUUACUGAUCCUUUAUAAACUUAUAAAUGUAGCAGAAAUUAAUAGGAUAAUCUUGGAAAAUGAUGAGUUGAAGGAACGGAACAUAGUGAAAGUCCAAUGAUGACUUGGCUGGAACAUUUGUAGAUAAUUCCAAAAGACCUAAUAAAUUGAUUGGUAAAAAGAGAAAUAUAUGAAAUAAGAUAGAGAAAAAGGAUCAUAGAAGAUUUAAAAAAAAUGGAAUCAAGGAAUUGGCAGUAAAUAAGGUUAAUACCACAACUGCAGAAUUGAAAAGUGGAUUCAAUAACAUAAGUGAAAUCAGAAAUGAUUGUACCUUUAAAAACUUAUAAAUGUAGCAGAAAUUAAUAGGAAAUUCAAGAAAAAUCUUGGAAAAUGAUGAGUUGCCAUUAACUAAAUAAUAUAUAUUAUUAGUAUUGUGAUCAGCCAGUUUUAUUAUGAAUUAUGUUAUACAUUGUAUAAAUUGUAAAAAAAAAAUAUUAUUAUUUGAAAUUGAAUAGCCAAAUUUUUAUUUGGUGCUAUCGUAUACUGUGAUUAAACCGAACGAAAUGUCCUAGAUAAAUAAUACCUUAUAAAGAAUUUUUGCCAAGUCAGUUUUUUGAUUAUUUUUUCUGGUUAAGUGUCACAGAACAAAAUCAGGUAUUUCUUGUGGCCGCUUACAAUACAAACUUACUUUUUGAUCAAUGGAUAGAUAUCGGUCAAUGAUCCCAGGUUCAGUAAACAAAAAUUUUGUUUAUCUUAUUAGUAUAGUUUCCUUCAAAUCGAUAUAAUAACAAUUUUUUUGUCUCAAACAAGACUGAUAACUUUCUCGUUGUAUUAGAAUUUCUUUCUUUGGAGCAUAUUUUUUAGAUCUGAAAACAACCAGUAGUCACAAGGAACCAGAUCCGCAGAAUAUUGUGUAUGAGUUGAAUUUAUUUAAUUUGAGAUAAUUUCUUUAUCGACUUAUGAAAUACUUCAUUGUUUUGGGAAUUUUUCUAUUAUACAAGGUGUCUCAAAAACGAGUUUACACUUUAAAAAACUAUUUUGAGAAAAGUGAAAAAUUUAGUCAAAAAAUUAUUUCUUCUCACGGCAUUCAUUUUAUCGAGCAGCAAAAUUUCCCAUGACGGGGAUAUUAGUUUGCAAGCGUAUACUUCAAAUUUGACAACUCUACAGGAAAAAAUCCAUGUGUUAAAUCGGGUCUGCGUGAAGGCCAUCUUAUGUCACCUCUCUUGGAGAUCAACUUGCCAGGAAAAAAUUCACGCGGUAGAGAUCUAUUGGACGUGUGUGAAGUUGCUACGUCUUGCUAGAACCAUGUUCUUUGGUUUUAACCUUUAAGGUUUUGCAGUUCAGGCACGAAGAAGUCGUCUAAUAUCUGCACAUAACGCUCUAAAUUCACUGUAUCUGUGCAUCCCCUUUCAUCUUAAAAAAAGUAAGUGUCUAUAAUUCCUAGCGCAGACAUCGCAGCCCAUACAGUCACUUUAAGCCAAUGUAGCGAUUUCUGAUAUUUGUGUUUUGGAUUGGUUAUACUCCAGUGGCCGUAAUUUUGCUUGUUGACGUGUCCAUUAAGAUGAAAAUGAGCUUCAUGCGAAAACAAGAUGUUGAUAAACGUUAGAAAGCGCUCAAUCAUCUGGUUUAGGAAGUUCUGACCAGCAUUCUGAGGCUUUGUUUCUUGCACCAACUGAAUUUUGUAAGGAUGCAGCCCUAAAUAUUUGUGUAAUGUGCGAAAUAAUGAUUAUCUAUGUACUUUUAAAGCAACAGAAACAUCCAAAUAGACAAGAGCAACACUGUCUACGCUUUAGACCGUUCUAGAAGAUGUUGGACGCUCAAUUAUUGUUACGAAAAAUAUUUUUAUUAUAAAAAUUAUUCUACAUUCGAAUGCUCCCAUUCAAUAUACUCCACUUCCAUCGUCACACACCUUUCCAAACGUUGUUUCUAUUGAUGGAAGCAGUGCUGGAAGUCUUCUUUGGUGAGCGCCUUUAGGAGCUCUGCCGUUUUUUGCUUUACCGCUUCUAUCGAAUCAAAUCGGGUCCCUUUCAAAGCAGAUUUUAUCUUCGGAAACAAAAAAAGUCGCACGGUGUUCGAGCACUGGAGUGCGAUUGCUGGCCAAAUACUGCUUCACAGAUAGCGCAUUAUGGGCUGGUGCAAAAUCGGCCCGUUUUUUACGAACUCGUUCUCGCAGUGUUGCCAAAACUGACAAAUAGUAAGUCUGGUUGACAGUCUGGCCCUCUGGAACCCAUUCAGUCAUCACGUUACCAUUAAUGUCGAAAAAAACGAUCAACAUUGCCUUAAAUUUUGAUUUGCUCUCUCGGCCCUCACUAAAGCGCUUACACCAUACAAAAACACGCGCACGAGAUAGAGAAUUGUCCCCAUAGGCCUCUUGCAUUAAUUUAUAGCACGCAGUCGGAAUUUUUUUCAAUUCAACGAGAAAUUUGAGAUUGAUACGUUGCUACCAAUUUUUCGUCACACAUGGUUUUCGGUACGAUAAAAAUCCCCGUUCGUUUCAAACCGGUACUGCACAAAUACUAUAAUAGUGACGGAAACUUGUUAUGGGGCUUGCACAGACAAGAUAUCUAGAUACCCAACGCACUACUCGUUUUUUACCCCCUCCGUCUACGGCGCCCUCUAAGCGCGCAGUCUCUUUAUUACUAGCCAGACCUCGUACGAAUUUUUUAGUUACUUCUGGUUUGUCUAGGACAAGUCGCAUUUUUUACUAUUUUACUCUGCUUAAUUUCAAAUUUAUUUUUCCUUAGAAGUAUCACUAUUUUUAUAAUAAAAUUAUGAAGUCUUUAUGUAUCAAUAAUAUGUGAAAUGAUAUAUAGUGUAAAUGAUAUUUAUCUUGUAUUUGCUUCUGGGUUUUUAUAGAAAGUAGCAUAUAUUUUAUCAAUUUUUAUUUAAGAUAUACUAUAUGUUUUUAUUUUAACAUCCCAAGAUAUAAAUAUGUAAGGACUCCGUUAGAAUUAUCAUAAAGUAUCGUCUCUUAGAACUUUGUUAAUUUGAAAUUAGCUAUAACUUUCGAACAAUGCAUGAAACUGCAGGUGUGAUAAGAAAGAACCAAUCUAUUCACGCCAAUCACUCCAAGCUUCCGAUGUUUACUUACCUUCUUUUGUAACAUUUAUUAAAUAACCACACCUCGUAAAUUCAAAUAUUUUCUUAGGAUAAUCAGUGCUUCAUUCAGGUUUUCUCUACACCUAUAGUAUGUCCAAGUGGACAAUAAAAAAUAGAAGUCAAGAACUUCUAGAAUCCGUUUUAUUUAUAUAAAAGUGAUUUGCUUCUUAAUAUCUGGAAAAUAAUGUUGCAACAAGUAAUUGAGAACUGUAGGGAUUUGUGAAUUUGUAAACAAAAUUGGAUGUACUUCGAAUUAUCUUGGAAAAUCAAGCGCCACAGAUCUGGAGUUGAAUGGUUUCUACUGAUAUUCAAAUACUAGUUUAUAGCGAAAAUUUGUCACUUAGGCCUCGGACUCUUAUUAAAUGCUGUAUGCGGCGUCCGACUUGAGCGUAAACGUUUCGAUUCACGUCUGAACGGAACAGAUCUGGACUAUACGGUAAAUGAGAAAGGAAUUCGAAGUGUAUAAUUCGUAGUAUUCUUCAUUGAUUGUCUCUUCCUUUUGGAUAUAGUCGAUAAACAAUAUUCCAUGCGCAUUCCAAAAUAUUGGAGCCAUAACUUUCCCAGCUGACUGUAGUGUCUUUGGACGAUUCUGACGGGGUUUUGUGAGUGAAUUGAUCGAUCCACGUUUCAUCCAUUGUAACAUAUCGUCGCAAAAAAUCUAAUUGAUUACGUGGUCAAACAAGGCCAAACACUGCUUUAAAUCAUCAACACGUUGUUGUUUUUGAUCAACUGUGACUAAACGCAGCACCAACUUUGAAAAAGCUUUCUCCUGGUCAAAUAUUCAUGCAUACCAUCAGGUAUCUCACGCAAUUUAUGGAAUUUUUUUUAUGUUUUCUGGAGUAACCACCUCAGUUGGACGACCAGAACGUUCACCAUCAUCCAAACCAAUAACAAAUGGUUCUUUUCGGUGGAGCAUAGUCCGGAUAACACUUUUAAGCCAUUGCAGAGCUUGUACGUUAUUUGUAUCAAGAAGCAAUAAUAAAUUAACAGACGAAAUUGUUUUGAAAAUAACAAAAGUAGAUUCACUUAAAUGACUGUUUCUUUUUUCUGACUAAUCGAAAUGUCAUGAAAUUUUCCAUAUAGUCUUUUGAAAAAUGGUGGUACAUAAACGACAUAUGGAUUUGAUAAAGGCAGCGCCAUCUGUGUGUCAGUCACACGACUUAUUGGGAAACUGUAGAUAGAUCUGAGAUCAUUUUAUUUGCCUCGUCUAGUCGGUAACCUCGGCAAAACGUAGAUGGUUUAGCUUUUCGACAUUUAAGCCCUUACUGUCUAGUUUGAUCUUUUUAAACAUUUAUUCUAAAAGAGUUUUGAAAAGUUUGCGAGAAAUUGUUCACCUUGUCUAUGAUUUGAGUGAGUGAGUUAAUCGCAAAUGAUUUUUUCAUCGAUUUAUUUUUGAAAAAUAUGAUUCUAUUCCAAAACCCUACUAAAGUGCCCUAAUUAUUUUGAUAAAUAUUAGUUUUAACUCAUAAUUUUAACAGCGUCCUUAGAGUAAGCAUAAUUUGUAGUACUGUUUAGCUUUUCACUGCAUUUAUUUUUUAAUUUAAGAGAGGUUAAUAGAACAAUGACUUGUUAAUGGAUUGACUUGGAUAAAAAAAAAGCAAUUUGUAAUAUUAAGCGUAUUGAAUUACCAAUUAUUGGUGAAUGUGUAAUGUAAAGAGAGUAAAUAGACAAUUAUGGCUGUGUUAUAUAUUAUAAAAGUAUUUCAUUGUGCAGAAAUAUAUCAUUUAAAAUUA